AUGUGUCGGUUUGGCGGUCGUGUCCGUGCGCUGAGUCACGUGCGGCGCGUGCGUCCGCUGCGCGCGCCCGUCGCCCCAGCUGAUCCCGCAGGUCCAGCUGUGACGCGGGGCGUGUUUGCGCUUGUUUUUGCGCGCAUUCCUCGAGUUCGAUAUAAGUGCUACCUUUCAGGUUUGUGGGGGAAAACAGCGCGCGUGGAGAGCGUCAUGGAGGUUUCCACCACCCUAGUGCUGGCGGGGCUGAUCGGGGCUCUGCUCUGGUUCUUCACCGGGAACAGAAGCAGGAAGCACCGCCUUCCCCCGGGACCGACCCCCCUGCCCCUGGUGGGAAACCUGCACCAGAUAGACAAGAAAACCCCCUUCAAGAGCUUCGUGGAGUUCAGCAAAACGCACGGGCCCGUGCUGACCGUGCGCCUGGGCUGGCAGCGCGUGGUGGUGCUGGUGGGCUAUGACGCGGUGAAGGGGGCCCUGGUGGACCAGGCGGACGACUUCACGGGCCGGGGCCCGCUGCCCUUCCUGGUGAGAGCCACCAGAGGAUACGGUUUGGGGAUCAGUAACGGGGACCGCUGGCGCCAGCUGCGGCGCUUCACUCUCACCACUCUGCGGGAUUUCGGGAUGGGCCGUAAAGGGAUGGAGGAGUGGAUCCAGGAGGAGAGCCAGCACCUGAGGGACCGCAUGAGCUCCUCCAAAGGCGAGGCCUUCGACCCCACGCUGCUGCUGACCCGCACCGUGUCCAACGUCAUCUGCUGUCUGGUGUUCGGCCAGCGCUUCAGCUACGAUGACCAGCAGUUCCUGCUGCUCCUCAGCAACAUCGGAGAGGCCGUCCGCUUCAACAGCAGCGCUCAGGGGAUGUUGUACAACCUCUUCCCCCGGCUCAUGGAGCGUCUCCCUGGCUACCACCACACCGCUUUCGGCCUCAUCGAAGACGUCAGGGAGUUCGUUAAGACAAAGAUCCAGGAGCACAAAGACACUCUGGACCUGAACGCCCCGAGAGACUACAUCGACUGCUACCUCAUCCGAAGCGAACAGGAAAAGGACUUGGCCACAAGUGAGUUCCACUAUGAAAACCUGGUGGCCACAGUGAUGAACCUGUUCCUGGCGGGAACAGAGACCACCAGCUCCACCAUCAGAUACGCCCUCAGUGUACUGAUGAAGCACAGGAACAUACAGGGACAGUCAAUAUCCAAGUUCCUAAAAUACUUGUACAACCUCUUCCCCUGGCUCAUGGAGCGUCUCCCUGGCUACCACCACACCGCUUUCGGCCUCAUCGAACAGGUCAGGGAGUUCGUUAAGACAAAGAUCCAGGAGCACAAAGACACUCUGGACCCGAACGCCCCGAGAGACUACAUCGACUGCUACCUCAUCCGAAGCGACCAGGAAAAGGACUUGGCCACAAGUGAGUUCCACUAUGAAAACCUGGUGGCCACAGUGAUGAACCUGUUCCUGGCGGGAACAGAGACCACCAGCUCCACCAUCAGAUACGCCCUCAGUGUACUGAUGAAGCACAGGAACAUACAGGAGAAAAUGCAGCAGGAGAUCGACGCUGUGAUUGGACGAGACCGAGCCCCGAGGCUGGAGGACAGGAAGUCCCUCCCCUUUUCGGAUGCCGUCAUCCACGAGGUGCAGAGGUUUCUCGACAUCGUCCCCCUCAGCCUACCCCACUACGCACUGGAAGACAUCUCAUUCAGGGGUUACACCAUCCCCAAGGGAACCCAGGUCAUUCCUCUGCUGCAUUCUGUGCUCAAAGAGGAGACGCAGUGGGCCACUCCCUGGUCCUUCAACCCCCAGCACUUCCUGGACCACAACGGCAACUUUAAGAAGAACCCCUCCUUCAUGCCCUUUUCUGCAGGGAAAAGGGCCUGCGUCGGGGAGUCCCUGGCUCGGAUGGAGCUCUUCAUCUUCCUGGUGUCGCUGCUACAGAGCUUCACCUUUUCCUGCCCCGAGGGUCCGGAGGGCAUCGACCUGCUCCCGGAAUACAGCAGCUUCGCCAACGUGCCUCGCAGAUACGACAUCAUCGCCACGCCGCGGUGAACUCUGACCCUAACCCACUCUGACAUGAUUUCAGUUGAAAUGUUAUUUUAACUGAAUUCACUGUCUGCUGUUGUCUCACCUAUCCAAAUAUCAUCCAGUUUAAAGAGAUGCUUCUAUUCUGGCCUUGCGUAUGUGUCUUAAUAUGCUUUUUGUUUUUGUACAAAUCAUAGUUUUCGAAGCCUGUAUUCCAUGUUGAAAUGUUUGCUUGCACUCUGACAAUGAAGUUUUUAAAUGAUGAUCUCCAUUUUUUUCCAUAUUAAAAACGAUCUGCAGAUACAUAAAAAUGUUUUUAAAAGUUGCACUUCAAUAUUAAAUCCAUGAGAUUUAAGAAUUUAUUCAAC